AGAAAAAAUAUCAAAAAAUCAGUUUUCAAACGAAAAAAAAAUUAAUUUCGUUCAAGAUUUUGUUGUGCAAUUUUUGUAUUUAAAAUUUCGCUUCGCUUCAGCUGCUUAAAAAUAGGCGGUGCAGCCCUGCAUCAUAAAUGCAUCCAUUUUUUCGGCCUCUACUAUAAAGCUUAAAAAUCUCUUAAAAACUAGUAAAAUCAUUACGCAAAAUUAAACAAAAUAUUGACAAUUUAUUUACACAAAAACAUUCCAGUCCCCUGGGAAUUGAUGACAUUUCUCACUAACGUCAAAUAAAAAAAUUUCAACCAAAAGCCAAAUCACCUUUGUGAAUUAAAAAUUUUUUGUUUUCAUUUUUGGUAACAAAAAUGAGCAUCUUAAAUUAUGAUGCACUCCGGAAACAAGCCAGACACUUAGAAAAUGAAAUUGAUUUGAAGCUCGUUGCAUUUAGCAAAAUUGGGGCAGGCUCAUCGAGUUCGGGGGGUCACAGUUCAGCAGAUACAUCACCGCUCCUUGGCGAACAUGUCUUCGAUUCAUUGUCCGAGGAAAUUGCUCAAAUGUUAGAUAAGCUUUCUUCUCUUAACGAGAAUAUGUCCGAACUUCCAACUUCUGGAGCAGCUGCAAUACACACUCUACAACGCCAUCGAGAAAUUCUCCAAGGCUAUCGGCAGGAAUUCAACAAAAUAUGCGCCAAUCACACGACUCGCAUGGAACGAGAAGAACUCUUGCGUGGCUCUGGACUCUCGACAAAUCUCAACAGUCCAUCCAGUUCGGGACUGAGUCGAAGAGAUAUGUAUUUGAAAGAAAGUAGUCAUAUCAACAGUUCGAAUUCUUUGAUAAACGACCAAAUCAGCAUCGCUAUGGAAACCAAAGAACAUCUUCUCUCACAGAGGCAAUCAUUUAAACGUCUUCAGACCAGAUUCAAUGAUAUAUCAAAUCGAUUUCCUUUGAUUUCAAGCUUGGUUCAGAGGAUAAAUAUAAAAAAACGUCGUGAUUCGAUGAUAUUGGGACUGGUUAUUGGAAUUUGUACUAUCCUUUUGCUGUUAUAUGCUUUCAACUGAAAGCAUAGAGCAUAGUUGAUGAGGAUAUGGAAUUCAAGGAAAGGUUUGACUGAUUCAGUUGGAGAUCAUUUUUUUAAGAUAAGAAAAUAAAUAAUUAAUAAAUAACAAAAAUAAUAUUUUAUUCCAAACAAAAAAAGUAAUAAUUAAAAUUAAGUUGAUGUAUUUUGUGAUAAAAAUCAAGUAAAAAGUAAAUAACGAAAUAUAUUUUAAAUAUAAUA